AUGAUUCCGAACUGCACCAGAGAUGGGGAUUUUCAACUCGAACAAUGUAAUGUAUACAAAACGAAAUGUUGGUGCGUUGGAAUGAAUGGAAAGAAAAUUCCUGGGACUAAAGUUCGCAACAAACUUCCGAGCUUUGUAGACACUUGUGGGAAAAGAUUCAGGAAGGGACCGUCACGUAUGCGUCGCAUCGUCGGCGGACGAGAGUCGAGCCCAGGUACAUGGCCAUGGCAGGCAAUGAUUCGCUCCAAACACCGAGGUCACAUAUGCGGUGCAACGUUAGUGCAAAAAAACUGGCUCGUCACGGCAGCUAGCUGCUUUGACAACUACACAAAGUGCAUCAAGGAAUGGACGGUAAUACUGGGAGCACAUGAACUAAACUCCAGCAGCAACACCAAGAUAGGAAUUGAAGCAAUACACAUUCAUCCGAAGUAUCAACCAGGAAAAGAAACACAUCCUGGAGAUUACGAUAUCGCUAUACUGCAAAUGUCAAGUUCGGCUAGAAUACCCAGAGAUAUUAUGCCACUCUGUCUACCGGGAAAAAAGGUUUUAUACAAAAGAUGCUCCAUCACUGGUUGGGGACGUACUUCCAAUAGUGGUUCCUUAUCAAAAGUCUUACGUGAAGCCUACGUCGAUCUUGUACCUCUGGAUAAGUGUAAUGGAGAAAAAUCAUAUAAUGGUACCAUCAACGAUCGCUUAUGUGCUGGAUUUAAGGAGGGUGGAAUUGAUGCUUGUCAUUUCGACACGGGAGGACCGCUGACAUGUCCAAUGAAGGGCGGCGCUUGGGGAUUGGCUGGCAUAGUCAGUUGGCGUCAGUCAUGCGCACAGCCACACAAAUACGGCUUGUACACCAAUGUAAGAAAGGUUCAACGAUGGAUUGAGAAAAUCAUCACGUAAUAAAUAAGGUCCUAAAGAAUCGCCACCAUCAUCAUCGUGCUUU